AUGACUGUGGGGAUCUUUGCAAAUUGUACCUUCUGUUUGAAAGUCAAGCACUUACCUCGUCAACAGAAGAAAAAGCUACAAAAUGACAUUAAGGAGAAUGGUGGAAAAUUUUCCUUUUUAUUAAAUCCUCAGUGCACACAUAUAAUCUUAGAUAAUGCUGAUGUUCUGAGCCAGUAUCAACUGAACUCUAUCCGAAAGAACCAUAUCCAUAUAACAAACCCAGAUUUUAUAUGGGAAUCUAUCAAAGAAAGGAGACUCUUGGACGUAACGAAUUAUGAUCCUAAUAAGUCACCAGACAUCACACCACCUCCUUGUCAAAAGGCAAGCAGUUCUGAAAUGACAACAGAUGAUCUGUCCCAGGACAACUCCACUGAGAAGGAAAACGUUGUGGAACUCACAGAGUCUUAUACAGAGAAUGCUGAAAUUCCUCAUUUUCCACAAGAUUUCGAAGUUGCAAAAUAUAACACCUUGGAAAAAGUUGGGGCGGAGGGUGGUAAGGCAGUAGCGGUGGUGGAACUGCAGUGCUCCCGGGAGGAGCCCAGGGACGCCGCCUUCCUGAUAUCCGCACACUUCCUCUCGGCCACCGGCGUCAAGACUAGAAGACACUUCUCUGUAAAGAAAACCUCUGCAGAUGCAAGUGAGCACUAUGAAAGUUACAUUGAAGAACUGAAGAAACAAGGAUUUCUGCUAAGGGAAUAUUUUACACCCGAAGCAACCCAGUUGGCAUCUGAAAAACUGCAGGCGUUGCUUUUGGAGGAGGUAAUGAAUUCAAGCACUCUGAGCAAAGAGGUGAGCGAUUUGGUGGAGAUGGUCUGGGCGGAAGCUCUCGGCCACCUGGAGCACACACUUCUCCAGCCUGCGAACAGGAUUAGUCUCAAUGACGUGAGCAAGGCGGAGGGAGUUCUCCUUCUAGUAAAGGCAGCCCUGAAAAAUGGAGAAACAGAAGAACAAUUGCAAAAUAUGAUGACCGAGUUCUACAGAUUAAUACCUCACAGAGGCACAGCAACUGAAGAAGUGAACCUGAGACUAUUAGCUAAGAAAGAGGACCUCUGCCAGCUAAUAAGAGACAUGGUUAAUGUCUGUGAAACUAAUCUGUCCAGACCCAACCCGCCUUCUCUUGCCAAAUACCGAGCUUUGAGAUGCAAAAUUGAGCAUGUUGAACAGAACACUGAAGAAUUUUUCAGAGUUAGAAAAGAGGUUUUACAGAAUAAUCACAGUACAGGUCCAGUAGACAUCUUGCAGAUAUUUAGAGUUGGCAGAGUGAAUGAAGCCACAGAGUUUUUGAGCCAGCUUGGCAAUGUGAAGUCCUUACUGCAUGGAUCUCCCGUACAAAGCUUUGUAGGGAUCCUGUCCCGUGGGUUGCUUUUACCCAAAGUAGUUGAAGAUCGUGGCACAAAGAGAACAGACACUGGAAAUCUUGGGAGUGGGGUAUAUUUCAGCGAUUCACUCAGUACGGGUAUUAAGUACUCCCACCCGGGAGAGACCGAUGGCACCAGGCUCCUGGCUGUCUGUGACGUAGCCCUUGGAAAGUGUGCAGACUUACACAGAAAAGACUUCUCCUUGUCGGAAGCACCACCAGGUUAUGACAGUGUCCAUGGGGUUCGAGCAACAGCCACUGUCACCACGGACUUCGAGGAUGAUGAAUUUGUUGUGUAUAAAACCAAUCAGAUUAAAUUGAAAUAUAUCAUUAAAUUUUGCCUACCCGGAGAUGAAAUAAAGGACUUUCAUCCUUGUAAUACUACUGAAUUAGAAGAAUCCAGACCUGAGUUUUCAAAUUUUUCAAAGGUUGAAGAUUAUCAGUUACAAGAUGCCAGACCUUUCGGCAACAUCAAGUCUGGCCUUCAGGAUUUCUCUGGCAAUUCAGUUCCUCUUGAGGAGGUUCACAUCAAAGGAAGAAUAAUAGACUUUGUAGCCCAGGUCAUUGUUUUUCAGACAUAUACAAAUCAAAGUUCUGUGCCCAUUGAGGCAAAAUAUAUUUUUCCCUUGGAUGAUAAGGCAGCUGUCUGUGGUUUUGAAGCAUUCAUCAAUGGGAAACACAUAGUGGGAGAGGUUAAAGAGAAGGAAGCAGCCCGCCGUGAAUACCGAGAAGCCAUCAGUCAAGGCCAUGGCGCUUACUUGAUGGACCAGGAUGCACCCGAUGUUUUUACUGUUAGUGUUGGAAAUCUACCCCCUAAGGCUAAGGUCCUGAUCAAAAUUACCUACAUCAUGGAACUCAGCAUCCAAGGCACCAGGGCCGUCUUCUUCAUGCCCGCCACCGUAGCACCCUGGCAACAGGACAGAGCUUUGAAUGAAAACAGUCAGGAUACAGUAGAGAAGAUUUAUGUAAAGGAAAUAGGAACAAAGCAAAGCUUCUCUUUGUGUAUGUCCAUUGAGAUGCCAUAUGUGAUUGAAUUCAUUUCUAGUGAUACACAUGAACUGAGACAAAAGAAUACAGACUGCAAAGCUGUAAUUAGCACCAUGGACGGUAGCUCCUUAGACAGCAAUGGAUUCUCCCUUCAUGUCGGUUUAUCUGAUGCACAUCUCCCAAGAAUGUGGGUCGAAAAACAUCCAGAAAAAGAAAGUGAGGCCUGCAUGCUUGUUUUUCAACCAGACCUCGAUAUCGCACUCCCUGACCUAGCUGAGAACAAUGAAGUGAUUAUCUGUCUUGACUGCUCCGCUUCCAUGGAGGGUGCGACAUUCUUGCAAGCCAAGCAAAUUGCCUUAUAUGCACUGUCCUUGGUGGGAAAGAAGCAAAAGAUAAACAUUGUCAAGUUUGGCACAGGUUACAAGGAAUUAUUUUCAUAUCCUAAGUACAUCACAAGCAACAAUGUGCCAACAGAGUUCAUUAUGUCUGCUACACCUACCAUGGGAAAUACAGACUUCUGGAAAACACUCCGGUAUUUAAAUUUACUGUACCCUUCUCAAGGGUUACGGAACAUUCUCCUUAUAUCUGAUGGGCACCUCCAGAAUGAGAGUCUGACAUUGCAGCUUGUGAAAAGAAAUGUCCAACACACCAGGCUGUUCUCCUGUGGUAUUGGUUCUACAGCAAAUCGUCAUAUCUUAAGGACUUUGUCCCAGUACGGUGCUGGAGUAUUUGAGUAUUUUAACUCAAAAUCCAAACACAGUUGGAAAAAACAGAUAGAAGACCAGAUGACCCGGUUGCAUUCUCCAAGUUGUCACUCUGUCUCCGUCAAGUGGCAGCAGCUAAGUGCAGAUGCACCUGAACCCCUGCAGGCCCCAGCCCAGGUGCAGUCCUUGUUCCUCAACCAUCGACUCCUUGUCUACGGAUUUAUUCCUCAUUGCACACAGGCAACUCUGUGUGCAUUAAUUCAAGAGAAAGAAUUUUCUACAAUGGUAUCAACUACUGAACUUCAGAAGACAACUGGAACUAUGAUACACAAGCUGACAGCGCGAGCUCUGAUCCGAGAUUAUGAAGAUGGCAUUCUCCAUGAAAAUGAAACGAAUCAUGAGAUGAAGAAGCAAAUGUUAAAAUCUCUGAUUAUUAAACUCAGUAAAGAAAACUCUCUCAUAACACAAUUUACAAGCUUUGUGGCAGUUGAGAAAAGGGAUGGUAAGGAGGCACCUUCUCCUAAUAUUCCAAAUAUUAUGGAACUUAUUGCCAAAGAGGAUGUAGAUUUCCUGCCAUACAUGAGCUGGCAGGAGGAGCAACCAGAUGCCAGUGUGGUACAGCCUCUUUCAGCAUUCUCUACACGGAAUGAAGAGCUGCGACAUCAUUUGACUAACAGAAAACUUGGAUCACCUAAGCUGGAAGAUUUUGAAGAUUUUGAAAAGGGUUGCUUCAGUUCCCCACUAUCAGAAAAAUCUUUAACACUCAAUUUCGCAUGUGAAGAUGUGGAAAUGCCAUCGGAUAUAAGUCAGAUGGAUUCAUUUAAGCAAACAGGAACUGAACCAUUAUAUAGAAGUGACCCUUUCCUAAAAGAGGGUGCUUGCAGUAUUUCUGCUGCCCAUAGGUUAGCCUGUUUGGAAGUUGAGCCCGUAAUUGGUUCUCGUUUCCACUGUCCUUCCCACUUACAUCGUUCAAAGGUUUGUCUUGCUUCCCCUGCUAGUUCUGAACAGUCUGGUCCAUCUGAGAAUGACCAAGACCUUCAAACUGACAGUUGUAGUGAUUCUUCCCUUGAGUCAUCUACCGCUUUCAGACUGUCUCUCCUGCCUUUGAGCUCCUUUGCUUGUGUUCCUUAUUCAGGUGACUCAUGUAACUUUGGACAGGUUGAUCUACCUGACAGUUAUCAAGGUCAUAAGACUGACAAUUGUGCUAGCAAUUCUCUUGAGUUGGACUCUCCCCCACAGCCGAAUACUUUUUUCUCUCCUCCUAGAGUUCCUUCCUCUGGUCCAUCCAGAGAGUUUGACUUUCAUUACCCUUCUGGUUCUCCUCUUUAUUUUCAAAAUUCCUCAGUUCAUUCGAGCACCGCUUACAAGCCACAGAUAGAUCUGUUUGCUAACACAGAAUUGGAGGCUUCUUCAGCAAAUGUUUGUGCCAUAAUUUCAUCAUCUACUUCAAGUAAUGGGCAUUUUUCUGAAACAAAAAAUGUUGAAACACCAAGAUUUCAGAAACGUCGUUUGGCAAAAUCUGUUCUAACAGGAAGUGCCUUUACUGCAAGCUUUCAGGCACAAAAGGAUGAACAAAGCUGGAUGAAUUUUGUGCCUUGGACCAAACUCUUCAGUCUACAAACUGAGGAUGGCUUCUGGAAACUUACAUCAGAACUGGGAUUUAUUUUAAACCUUAAUACAAAUAUUUUAAACAGCUUUCUUGAACAAAAAGGCAUUAGAUCUCUAGGUAUAAAAGGAAGCGAGCGUCUCCUGGACCUGAUCGCCACAUUUCUAGUACUGCAGUUUCUUCGUACCAAGUUGGAACAAAAGGGAAUAGUCUUCAAAUCACUGAUGAAGUUGGAUGAUGCUUCCAUUUCCAGAAAUAUUCCCUGGGCUUUUGAAGAAAUAAAGAAAGCAAGUGAGUGGGUAAGAAGAACCGAAGGGCAAUAUCCAUCUAUCUGCCAACGGCUUGAAUUGGGUCAAGACUGGGACUCUGCAACUAAGCAGCUAUUGGGGAUCCAAACCAUAGACACCACUUCUCCUCUUCACAGAGUUCUUAAUUACAAUCAAGGCUGA